UAAGGUUUCAUUCAUAUGGUAUCUGUACAAUAUGGCGGGGUACACCAAUAUUUCGAUAACCUUGUUAUUGCUUUUUCUGGCAGUUCUCUACAGUUCUGCACAACCUCCUUUCAAAAAAUUUGAGUACAAAUACAGUUUCAAAGGUCCACAUCUAAUCCAGAAGGAUGAAACGGUUCCAUUUUGGCAGUACGGAGGAAGUGCUUUGGCCAGUGAUGACAAAGUUCGAGUGACUCCUUCCCUCAGAAGCAGAAGAGGUUACAUCUGGUCUAAGAUGGAAACUGAUUUUGAUUGGUGGGAGAUAGAGGUCAUCUUCAAGGUCACAGGACGUGGUAGAGUAGGAGCCGAUGGACUGGCUAUCUGGUACACCCAAAACAGGGGAGACGAAGGAGCCGUGUAUGGAAGCUCCGACAAAUGGAAUGGAAUGGGACUCUUCUUUGAUUCCUUUGACAAUGAUAAUCAGAGAAACAAUCCUUACAUUCUAGUCGUGACCAACGAUGGUACCAAGAUGUAUGAUCAUCACAACGAUGGAUUGCUGCAGCAGAUUGGAGGAUGCAUGAGAGACUUCAGGAAUAAACCAUUCCCAGUCAGAGCCAAAGUAGAAUAUUAUAAGAAUGUUUUGACGGUAUAUUUCCAUCAAGGGUUAAGUUCUAAUGAUCAUGACUAUGAGCUUUGUCUGAGGGCGGAGAAUGUACAUCUUCCUCAGAGGGGAUACUUUGGUGUGUCGGCAGCAACAGGUGGUUUAGCAGAUGAUCAUGAUGUAAUGAAGUUCUUAACUCACAGCCUUGCUACACCAGAAUCUAAAAUUGAUAAAGAUGGCUUCAUUACAGAUGAAGAGGCUAAAAAGUUUAAAGAUGAAUUUGAUGAAUUCCAAGGGAAAUUACAGCAACAGAAAGAAGACUUUCGUCAGCAACACCCAGAUAAGAUCAAAGAUGAUUAUGAUGAUAGCGAUUCAUUUUUUGAAGAUGAUUUUACCAGAGAAUUGAAGCUCAUUUUGUCCACACAGAAUGCUGUUAUGCAACAAAUAAAACAACUAGGAAAUAAAUUAGAUGAGAUAGUCGGUCGUCAGGAGAGGACACUCUCCUUGGUGUCUGCAGUUCAAGCUUCCUCAGGAGGAGGGGGCGGGGCACCUCCUGUUCAACACACUGGUGGGGCGGGGUCUGUAAUACAGAGACAUGAAAUAGAUUCACUUCUAAACACUCAAAGAGAAUUACAUCAAUCAGUCAGAGAUAUAAGAAAUGUAGUAGGUGAUGUUCAGAAUAAAGCAGGUCUGAUAUAUAAUCGUCAGCCAACCAAUCAGGGAGCACAGAUGAAUCAGGGGAAUCCCCUUGCAAAUCACGAGAUGCUAGAUAAAAUCAACUCUAUACAAGACAGUGUACUCAAGCUAACACGAAGGCCUGAGGCACAGCAAGCAAUAUGUCCACCAAUACCAGAUAUGCCUUCAUGCCUCACACCAACAUUAUUCUUUGUUUUUGUACUUAUUCAAUUUUUUGUGAUUUUUCUCUACACAGUAUAUAGGAGUAAACAAGAAGCAGCAGCAAAGAAAUUUUAUUAAAACAGGGAUGACUUCAAACAGAGAAUACAUUAUUAUUAAUGGGAAACUAAUUUUUAUCAGAAUAUUGGUUUUAUUACUUCGUGUUUCUUCAAUGUUGCUUUAUGGACAUUAUGUUUAUUGCAAAAUGGAACAAAGAGUGAGUUCUUUUACUGGUCAGUAUUCAAAUUCUUGCCUCAAGGAAAUUAUCAAGGGUGAUAUCUUUUCACCUUUGAUAAUUUCCUUAAACAUUCCUUCACCUUUAAUUUUACUCUGAAGUAUCAGAGCCUCACUCUCACUCCAUAUACAUCUAGAAGAUUUUAACUACCACAUAAGAGUUUGAUAUAUUUGUUGGAAUACAGUAGACCAAGAUAUAAUAAGUCGGGGGCCCGUUUCAUAAAAAGUUACAAUUUUUAUAACUUGGCAAUUAUUGCAACUACCAUGGAAAACCUUGAUCAUGAUUGGCCACUGAGCCCUGUUACCAUGGUAGUUGCAAGUCCCUUAUAAAAUGGGCCCCUGGGUGGUGUUUCAUAAAGCUGUUUGUAAAGUUAUGCACAACUGCACAACUUUACAAACAACUGGAACAUGUUCGUAUCCAUAAGUCAGCUACAUACAGAUAUAUCAUAUAGCACAAGAAAGGAUCACCAGUCAUGCGUAAAGUCAUUUGUAACUUACGAACAGCUUUAUGAAACGGGCCCCAGAUGACAAGUUCUGAUGCUCCUUUUUAAUGUUUUGUGAAUAGAAAGGUGAAAUUCAGACCUGUACCUUCCAUCAUUAAAACGAUAGUUGAUAGUGUUAUAAAAGGCAUGCAUCUGGGCCCCUUUUCACAAACUUGAAUUCCAUGGACCUCACAGUGUGCUCAUAGCUAGUUAAAAGCAUCUUUUUUUAAAGCAUGUGAGAAAGGGGCCCAGGAUUUUACUUUGCAAGUUUGUAUGUGGUUGUUAGAUGAUGAAAGAAAAUAAUUAUAUAUAGUGAGUCAAUAUAUGUUAGUUGCAAGAGAAUUCCUUGAAUUUGAAACUAGUCCUCGACCAUUAUUACAUAUACAAAUUUCAUUGACAAAAUCAUGGAAGAUUGAUUUAUUGGAAGAAAACAGGUAUGCAUGGUUAUGCUUUAAUAUCACUUCAACAUUUGUUAUAAGAUUUCUCAGGAGUUCUGACCAAAUUUGACACAAAACAUGAAAUAUGAUAUCUUCACACAAUAUGGUCAGGCAACAAAUUCUUAGGAAGUUUUUUGGUCACUUAUGAUUUUUGUACAGUAUUUACAUGUAUUUUUAAUCACAAAACUUUUGUUUCUUCCAAAAUAAAGAUUUGUUAAAUUUGAAUUGAAAAUUCAAAACAUAAGAUCAUAGGUAUUAUAAAAUUGGUGCUUGUAAUGUGCUUAAAAAAUAGUGAAUAGAAAAUUAUAAAAUUAAUGACUGCCUUCAUGAAGAGAUAACAAUACUAAGCUAUGUAUUUAGGCAUAUAUAUUUAAUAUAGCCUUAUAUAUAAAACAAAUUUAUUGUACUUCUCAAUUAGAUGACUUCCAGUGCAAAUAUUUGGAGCAACUCAAAUGCAGAUAUUCCCCAUAUAUCAUUAAGAAGAAAAAAAAUGAUUUCUGACUUUAUAUUGCCUGUAUCAUUUAGGUAACACAGUUAUGAGUACCACAAUGAUUAUGUUUAUGGUGUAUGUUAAUGUUGUAAUUGCUGUCUGUAUGCAUAUUAUUGUUGAUAAGUUAUUACUACUAAUAUUAUUGGUAUUGUCACUAUCAUUUUCAGUUCUUUCUCACUGAUAUUGAAACUCAAGAUUUAUAAAGACUAGAGUUGUUUGAAAUUUAUUUGUCUUGUCUUUAAAAGUUUUUUUCCCCUUUUUGUCUUUUAACCAUUUUCAUUAUGCUAACAAUAUUUGGGAAAUCAGGAUCUUCAUUUUUGCCUGAUGUGGUUUGAAAUAUUCAUUUAUCUGAAUGCUUCAGACUUUUUUCUUCAAAGAUUGAGUUCAGCUUCUUAUCUCUUAUUACAUUUUAAUAAUUUAUUCCUAAAAGGGACUGAUAUUAAUAGAGCAUUUUAGUCUAUUUAUCUAUUUGUUAUUUUGAAAUAUCUAGACGAUUUGAGGUUGUACUGUGAUAUGAAGUAAUACAAGUGAUUCAGAAAACUUCUGAAAAUUUGUUCAGUUCAAUAGAGCUUUUGAAGGUGAUUUGAGCCUUUUUAGGGAAUCUACUGAUUCUAGAUCUGGUCCUUUAUUAUGUCCCUGUUCUCAUUUGGGUAGAGGGAAUUUCAACUCAAAUUUUGGGGAUUUUAGGACCAUAAUGUUAAUAUUUACCACCAAAUGUUUAAU